AUGGAGGUUCUUCCUUGGGAUAUUGUGUCACAAAUUCUUUCACAUGUACCCGCUGAGUUCAUGUUAAACUGCAAAUUGUUGUGCAAGACAUGGAAAACACUCCUCUUAAGCAGAAAGGUGGGGAAGAUGGGUCUCAUAUUCACACUAGCAUCAGAGGCAAAUAAAAAAGCUCUUCAUUAUGGAGAUUAUGAAGAUAUUCUUAGACCUGAUAAUGACCAGAACUGCUCUUUUAAGGUGUUUACCAAAAAAGUCAACCAUCCACCAUUUAAACCAGGUAAUGGUUUCGGAUAUGAAAGUAUCAUGAUCGGUUCUUGCAACGGUUUGGUUUGUAUAUCUAUACCACAUGAUGGUAUCUAUGACCCUGUCUACAUCUGCAAUCCUUACACCGGAGAAUAUGUUAAUCUUCCAAGACUAAAACCGGGUCCACCCGUACAAGUGGAUUCGGUUUUCUCCCUGCAACCAACGAGUAUAAGGUCAUCCGGAUUUUCUACCCCAGCUGUCAGGAAGACGGGUAUGUUCAGAUAUACACUCUUGGGAAAUUCAAAUUUUGGCUUUCCAUUUAGCAGUAAAGAGUUUGAGUUGCUUCCAUCACCAAAGUGUAUUUCAGCUUAUGAAGGUCGUACCGAUGUCCUCUAUCAACUAAAGGUGUUAAAAGGGUGCCUCUGUGUUACUCAUGAACUGAGAACAGAUAAACGAGCAGAUAUAUGGUCGUUCAAGAAUGAUGAACAGGAUAAUCGCAGUGGGAAAAAGGACUACAACACAUGGAGAUGGCGUAGGGAGUAUAGUGUGCCGUGGUUGAGCAAUCGUGAUCCUAUGGACUUCUAUCAGCCUUUAGCAGUGACAAAGAGCAACGAAGUUUUAUUGUGGGUAAGUGAUUGGGCUAGGGUGAUCUUAUAUUGUUUCAACCCGGAAGCUGGAUCUUCAACCUGGAUAUCAGACUCAAAAGAUGCAAAUCAUUUUCAAGCGAUCCCUCAUGUAAACACCAUCGUCUCGUUGAAGUCCCUUGGGGUACCUUCCAAACGAACAAUUCAAUUAGCUGAGUGCGGCCACAACCACACGUAUGCGACACGAGCAUCUAAACGAAGAACAAUCAAAUUGGGAGAGGAGCAAGCUGAUGAAUCCCAAAAAUAA